AUGGUCAUGAACUUGUGGACGUCCUGGAGGAUGAGUACCGAGGAGGAGGAGAGGCCCUGCAGCAGAAUGCAGAGUCGGUGGAUGGAUUUAAGUGGAGAAUUCCACAAACUCCAGGGUGUGAUUGACCCCCAGGGUCUGUCCCGCACCUGUGUCACAUUCCAAGCCAAGCACCUACAGUACCUGCACCAAGCCCUGCAGUGCAGUGAUGAUAUACAGCAGUUCUUCCCUCAGCCUUCUGGAAUACGACCCGUUGGUAUCGUGGGUCCAGCUGGGUCCUCAUCCCUCGCUGGCUGCCAGCCUUCUGAUGUGCUGACGAUGCACCGAAAGAGUCACGAGUUCGACCUUGUCCCGCUACAAGGACUUCAUCCGGGCUCUUCCUCGCCACUGCGGUUGUGGCUGGGAGCCAUCGGGCCAAUGGACAGCAGGAGGUGCUCCAUCGUCUCUCACAACACCAGCGCCUGGCACCCUCUGGGCUCAGCUGUCUUACUGUUGGUGCUGGUACCAUUGGCGUCUGCGGGCCUCCUCUCACAGCCGCUAGACUGUGCAGAUGUGUACAAUGCCGGCUCUAACAUCAGUGGGGUAUACAAGAUUUACCCCGCAGGGCCCACCUCACCCCUCUACGUCUACUGCGACAUGGAAACCGAUGGAGGCAAGUGGACGGUGUUCCAGAGAAGGAUGGAUGGCACUGUGAACUUCUACAGGGGUUGGGAUCAGUACAAGAGGGGCUUUGGGCAUGCAGGAGGAGAGUACUGGCUGGGUCUAGAGACCAUCCAUAUCCUGACUCUGAAGCAAAGGUAUGAGCUGAGAGUGGACAUGGAGGACUUUCAGGGAGCCAAGGUCCAUGCCAAGUACUCCUCCUUCUCAAUUUCUCCUCAGAUGGUCAAUGCUGAAAGUGAUGGAUACACACUUCAUGUCAGUGGAUUCGAAGAUGGGGGAGCAGGAGAUUCACUAAGUUAUCAUAGCGAGCAGAAGUUCUCCACCUUCGACCGUGACCAAGACUCCAACAGCGGAAACUGUGCUGUAUCAUACCUGGGAGGGUUCUGGUACGAAGAUUGUCACUAUGUAAACCCCAAUGGCAUCUACAUGUGGGACACAGUCAAUGCCCAAGGAGUCUGCUGGUAUCACUGGAAAUCAAACUAUUACUCAAUGAAGGCCAUUUCCAUGAAGAUCCGGCCAGCGGUUUAAUACAUGGUACAUCUCAAACAAGGAAACAACCUUUAUAAUUUCUUAAUUUCUUUUUCUUAAUCUCUAUUAAUCAUCAUUAAAAACUCAGUGGUCAACACAUAAUGAUGAAAACAAGCUGAUUUCUUUUUGGCUUAAAGUUCUUUAUCAGUUUGUACAUAUGAAUUUAAUGCAUCGGUAAUAAAUGUGCAUCACUGUGCUUUGACGUGUGAUGUCUGAUUACACACCAGUCGCUGAC